UUUUAAUGUUGUCAGCCCCUUUCCAAACUCAAGUCUACUGGUAUACCCAAAUGACCUUCUAAAACUUCAAAUUAAAGGAUUUAUAGCGAAUUUAACUAUUUGCCUCUCAAAUCCACUCUACUAUCAAUGCUGUACCACGCUGAGAUUGUUUCCCAACACUGGCAGCCGUGGCUACAAAAGGCGUGAGGCAGCAGUUCCAUUUUGCAGGCCAGCCUGUCUAGGGCGUGACUGCUUACGAGCUCAGAGCAGCACUCUGGACUCAGACCUGGGAUAAGAAGCUGUUCACUCUCCAGCCUCAGAUACUGCCAACUUGGAUCGAGUCAACGAGAGAAACGAGAACGCUGAAGAACGGGCAGUCAGUUCCUGACCGAGAACCGUAAUAGGCCCAAGAGCUAAAUAACCACCCGCGUGAAAAGACACAGGCACAACGGGGGCCACAAGGUAAGAAAGGGUCUUCAACACUUUCCCUGGCUUUCACGACCACUGAAGGACAAUCCCGCGGAAGGAAAAAUCAUUAGGAAGCUACAGUUUAUAAUCAGCUGAACCGAAACCAUAACUGGGAAAGGCUAGAAGGGUGAGAAGAAGGACAACAGAAUUAAUCGAUAAGCCUUCAGGAGCGAGAAGAGAAGAAUUUUCCAAGCUCGAGGUGGCACAGUCUCAGACUCGUUUAGAUGGGAUUGGAAAGGGUGUGGCUCCAUCUACGACGCCCGGGAGCACCUGAGGUUUGGGAGAAGCACACUCAGGGUCUGGUGAAAUGACAAGAGCAAGGUGGGCACCCUCGUGGAUGCCGGGGUCCUGCACCCACCAGAGUCUGACUCUUCAGGUGCCUACACCAAGCUAAUGACAGCCUCCAGUUACAACUGCCCCGGACACGAGUAACAGAGCAGCAAGUCACUAAUGUCUGGGAUACUCGAAUUACAUGUUUUGUAGAAAAACCAUCACAAAUAUGAAUGUACAUCAAAUUUCCUAUAACUGGUUUAUUCUGCCUGUAAUCUUUGUCCUAGACCCAACUUAAGGACAGAAUUUCCGUUUUGAAACCUUAAAAUGCAAACACUUUGAUAGCAUCCCCUAUGUACUCAACAUGGGCUAAAACACGGUUCAUGCCAACACAUCUUUCUUUAAAGCUUAGAAUUUGUAUUUCCUAUAGCAAUAUUAAUUUCUCCAUAAGUUCUACCCCACCUUUCCUCCCUCCUAUAGAUUUUUGAAUGGUUUUUCUCUUUCUUCAGAAUCAUGAAAUAGUCACAGUACUUCCCCCUCCGAGCCCAAGUAUGUGAGAGACCAGAGCAUGGCAGCGAGCUGAGAGCACGAUGAAGAACGAUCCCGAGAGGCCCACAGGAGGGGAGCAGACGGAGAGAGAAAGCAUUUUAUGGUGUAAAUUACGCAUGUAAACGUAUGCACAUAAGUAAAUGCAUGCAAACUGUGCAUAUUAGUAACAACAGCAGCAAGGUGAGUCAGGGUCCCUCGGUCCCAAGAUAAGGAAACAAUUUCAGGGAGGUGAAUGCUUAAUUCUAAACAAAGCACAAGAGGGACAAGAACUAUCCAACGUCAGAUUAGAGUUCUCUGUUCUAUUUAACCUGGCGUUCCUGGAUGAUCACUGAAACCAUGACCUUCCCCAUAAACCCUGACUUUGAUGUUUGUGAAAGAGCAGCAGGUGGAGGUGUCCUGUUCCCGCUGGGGCCACAGGUGGUAGCCCCGGGCAAUCACGAGGCCCGGCCUCUGCUUUCGUAGGCCCAGAGACUGCAGCACCUCAGAACGAUCUGUCCCCAGGGAGACUUUCAAUCUAGGCGGACCCACAAGCACCGAAUAAAUACUGCUGCCAUGAAAAAUAUUAAUAUUUAAAGAUUCAUAAAUGAACAUGGAUGCAAACAUAUUAACUCAUAAGGAGCCAUAACUGCCAAAGAGACUAGACGCAAACUCAAGUUGCCCUGUCAGUACCUUCCUUUCCUAUAUGCAAACUACCUACAAAAGGAGCUCUAUUAGGAUCAGAGACCGUGCAGCACCAUGGAAUGGGAGCAAGUAUGCACAGACUGGUGGCUGUAACGGGCACGGACCCGUCACGGCCAGCCUGAGGGCCUGACUACUCGCUGGCACAGGCACUGCUGGAUUCUCCACAUCAUGUGCUUCAAGCGCCCACACCAGCGUUCCUUAGGCUGAGCUCAAAAAAUGAGAUGGAGAACCUGGUAUUUAUCUUCCAGCACCAUCAGCAGUUUCUACCUCAGAUUUCCAUGUUGCUCUUUAUCUGCAAGUUAACUUGUUGGAGCUUCGUCACUAAUACUCGGAAGCUGGGAGAUGAGCCUCAUGUGUGUGGCUUCUCCUCCUCAGACACUUUCACUGGAAGACACUGACAGAGGGGAGUUAAGACACUGACGGCUCCUGACAAAAGCCUUUGUCACUUGGUUCUCUGCCGCAGAGAGAAAGCUACAAUCCUGAUCAAAGAUAAAGGUGACGUCAUGGUGUCAGCUGGGGUCCAGCUCCUUGCUUUCGUCCUGGCCUUAUCCGGAGUGUCUGGAGUACUCACAGCCACUCUGCUGCCUAACUGGAAGGUGAACGUGGACUCGGGCUCCAACAUCAUAACGGCCAUCGUGCAGCUGCAAGGGCUGUGGAUGGACUGCACAUGGUACAGCACCGGGAUGUUCAGCUGCACCCUGAAGUACUCCAUUCUGUCCCUCCCCGUCCACGUGCAGGCCGCACGGGCCACCAUGGUCCUGGCAUGUGUUCUGUCUGCUUUGGGGAUCUGCGCUUCUACAGUAGGGAUGAAAUGCACUCGCUUAGGAGGGGACAGAGAAACAAAGAGUCACGCUUCUUUUGUUGGCGGAGUCUGUUUCAUGUCUGCCGGAGUCUCUGGUUUGAUACCAACAGUGUGGUACACGAAGGAGAUUGUAGCAAACUUUCUGGAUCUGACAGUUCCAGAAAGCAACAAACAUGAACCUGGAGGAGCCGUCUAUAUCGGAUUCAUUUCGGCCAUACUACUCUUGAUCUCUGGCAUGAUUUUCUGCACUUCCUGCAUUGAAAAGAAUCCAGAAGCUUGGCUCUAUCCACCCAAGCAGCAGCACAUCUCCACCACACAACCAGAGGGCAAUUCAGCAUACAACCUGAAAGAUUAUGUGUAAAUAGCUGAAUGAGCAUGGACUUUUAGAUGCCUGCUGUGACUUCUGUCUUUUUGCUUUAGAGAAAAAAAUCUAAAUGAGGUCACUUAAAAUGCCGACAAACUAUUAUGUACAAUUGUUUAUCUAUUUUAAGAUUAUUUUUCCAUUACUAUUUUCAUGUUUUAUCGAGAGGUGUAUAAUUGAGAGAGGUUCUGUUAUAUUAAGGCCAUUCACUGAUGGCUUUUUUCCCCCCUUUUAAGAUAAACUGUUGAUGUAUCUUCUGGGUUGUUACUGAUUGGAUCUUAUAAAAGAACUGAACUGCCAAAUAUACAAAAAAGCACCUUUCUCUGGUGUUGAUCUAGGGUACCAUCUGCUUUUGGUGUCUGUCUACAACACCACAGUGACUUGCUUCUGUUUUCAAGCCCCGCUGUUUGAACCUAAGGGAAAGAGGAGAUGUCCGCCUGUCUUCAAUGCUGCCCAAAGCAGCCUCCCUGACUUCCCACCUACUAUAACCCUCCUGCUUCUUUUUUCAUUUUAGAAACAUCAUGUACGUGUGUGAGAGCCAACAAUAGGACAUUCAGAGUUGGUAAGUGCUACCAUAGCAAAGCAAAACCAAACCAAACUAAACGCACACUGAAAUCUCUGGGACUUGAAAGCCUUAGGUACAAAGUAAGUGAGAAUGACAAUAGUUUGACAGAAUGUGCAACAACUGCCACUCCCGCUGCUAGCAAGAGGAUGUUCCAGAUAAAGUCCAAUUAUCCUACAACAAUUCAGAUCCCUCCAAUCCCCUCUCAUUGGUUACGAUUUGGAUGAUAGAAGUUACUUUUAAGUUGUCACUUUUGUUCUUAAGUUUGAUUCAUGUUAGCAGAACCUUGCUGUUCUCUAAUAAAUGAAUUGCUUCAGUUAGUUAAUAGGAAAACAAAGUAUAAAGAAUGUUUUUAAAAAUAUAAGUUAAAUUAAGAGAUGUAAUUCAUAUAACAAGAAAAUAAAAACUGGAUUUUCUAAUGUG